AUGUUUACAUUUUCUUUCUUUCUUUUCCAGCUCCCUUCGUUAGUUUCUUGCUUUCCAUUCAUCUCUCUUUCUUUGUUUUUAGUUCUUUUCGCUAGUUCAUUUCUUUUUCUUUGCAUUUUCUCUCUUUCUUUUCACUUUUCUUUCUCUUUCUUUCUUUCUUUCUUUCUUUCUUUCUUUCACCACUCUUUCUUUCUUUCUUUCCGACUUUCUUUCUUUUCAUCGCGCUUUUUCUUUUCUUUAUAUUUUUCUUUCUUUCUUCCUUUAGUUGUUUUUACCUCUUUUUUCUUUCUUUUUAUAUUUUUCUUUCUUUCUUUCUUUCUUUCUUUCUUUCUUUUAUUUCAUAACUCUUUUCCUUCAUUUCAUAUUUCUCUCUUUCUAUAUCUAUCUAUCUAUCUAUCUAUCUAUCUAUCUAUCUAUCUAUCUAUCUAUCUAUCUAUCUAUCCCAGUCUGUUCAUAUCUAUCUAUCUAUCUAUCUAUCUAUCUAUCUAUCUAUCUAUCUAUCUAUCUAUGUCUGGGCACACCUUAUCUAUCUAUCUAUCUAUCUAUCUAUCUAUCUAUCUAUUUUAUCUUUCUAUACAUGUGAUAAUAUCUAUCUAUCUAUCUAUCUAUCUAUCUAUCUAUCUAUCUAUCUAUCUCAGUCUGUUCAUAUCUAUCUAUCUAUCUCAGUUUGUUCCUAUCUAUCUAUCUAUCUAUCUCAUGUAA